AUGACCGCCAGCAUGACUUCCACGUAUCCUUUUGAACCGACUCCCCAGUGGACGACAGUGAACCCUAGGCCACUCCCGCCAUUGCUCACGCGAGGUGAAGUCUUAGAAAAACCUUCGUUACCGUCCCCUCCUCGGAACGAGCUGUUCAACGACAAUUAUGUUGUUAGCACCCACCUCGUGCCUGCUGCUUGCCCAAGACUAGCUCCGGACAUCCCAUUGCCUGUAGUCCCAAAAUUCUCGACAAACGCCUCAGAUCGGAAGCGAGAGCUCAAGCAGCUUGCUGCCGAAUUUGCUGAGCGACAAGACCGCUUCGAGCAUGGGAGGUUAAGUGGAGAGGGAAGCGAGAAACCUUUAUGGAACUGCGUUAACCGAUAUGCGAAGAGAGUUCAAGAUGGGAGGAAGGGAUUGACGUUGUUCCUUACUCAUGCGACCGGUUUGCCCAAGGAGACAUGGGAAACAACCCUGCGAUAUUUAUUAUCAUCACCCUCAGCCUCACUGAUUGACGAGGUGUGGUCUUGGGAGGCUGUUCAGCAUGGUGAUGCUGCACUAGUCAACGAGGCAAAUCUCGGUGGCAUAUAUGAUUGGCUAGACAGCACGCGGGAUAUUGUACACUUCUUGCUACACUACUUACCGGAAGAUGCAUCGUCGAAGGCUUUACCCACUCACCUAGAUCUUCUGCCGGAGACUAUCAGUGAAUACCGGAAGACAAAAGGAUUUUCAUCCCGAUCCCUGGUUUCUGUCGGGCACUCAUUCGGGGGCUGCUGUUUGAUACCAGCGGCUGUCAAUUUCCCUGCUUUAUUCUCCUCCAUGGUUCUCGUCGAUCCAAUAAUUGUCCAAAAUCACAACGGUCCCCCCAAUACGGUUAGACUAUACGUCACCCUUGCCAGGCGCGACCGCUGGCCGUCACGUGAGGAGGCGUUACGCUCACUCAAGACGUCUCCAUUCUUCGCAGGUUGGCAUCCCGAUGCUCUACGGCUGUAUGUUGCAUAUGGCCUCUGCGAGGAUUCACGCGGGGGCGUGAAGCUGAAGAUGUCAAGUCUGCAUGAGGCUUUGGUGUUCGCAGGUCGUAUAGGAUCGUUUGAAGCAUGGGAGCUACUGGAAAAGGUAGACGAGCGAAUUGAAUUACAUUGGGUUGUUCCAGGGAAGCCUGAAGACAAAGGGUUCAAGGGCGAAGAAGCCACGAGGAUCCGAGUGUGGCGAAGGCCUGCGAAUUCGUCUAAUGUAGUGAUUCACUCUGCUGGGCAUCUGAUUCCACAAGAAUCGCCAGAGGAGCUUGCCCGAGAAAUAUCAGCUUUCCUGGAGAGAAAGUACGGGCUGCGGAGUAAAGCACACUUGUGAUAAUCCCUGGACUCGAACAGGACAGUUUGGGGAUUUUUGUUCUCUGGCCUUUGCUCGCUUUCAUAUCGCUUUAUUUUUGGUUGUUUCCAUGUAGUUGUACACGGUAUUUCAAGCUUCAAGUUGGGUUGGGUGCUGCCGACAAACACCUUGCGAAGCGAGAGACACCAUCAGACUUGAUAGACAAGUAUUCCUCAUAUUUUAUCGUUUAUAAACGUUCAAACAGUCGAUCGUGAAGGGUAAGACGAUAGGAGAGCGAAAUCCGACAGCGGCAAGUUAAAGUGGUUAUAACAUACUGUUCUUGGAGACGGAGAUG